AUGUCAGAGUCAAAAACAUUUUAUGUUAAUGAAAAAUCAGGUGUUGAUACCUCAGAAGCUACAGGAUCAGAAUCUCAUCCAUUUGCAACACCAUCUUAUGCACUUUUUGUUAAUCAAGAUGCUAAAAUAUUAGUAUAUAAAGAAAUUGAAGAAAAACCAGAACAAUUUGAAUAUCAAGAAAUAUCAGCAUCGGCUUUGAAAAAGGCUAAAAAAGGUGCAGAGAGUUUAAAGAAAAAAGCUGAAAAACAGCAAAAAUUAAAAGAAGAAAAAGAUAAUUUACCAAAAGUAUCUGAAUUAAGUUUAUCAUCAAUUGAAGAAGAUUCAUCAUUACCAAAAGCAAAUAAAAUAAAAUUAAACAAAAUUCAAGAAAACAUUGAUAAAAGAGUUAUAGUUAAUGGUUGGAUUCAUAGAUUAAGAGUUCAAAAAGGUUUAGCAUUUAUUACUUUAAGAGAUGGUUAUGGAUUUUUACAAUGUAUAUUAACUGGAGAUUUAGCAAAAGCAAAAGAAACUCAAGAAUUAACUAUAGAAUCAACAGUUUCAAUAAAGGGAACUAUUUUAAAAUUACCAGAAGGAAAAUCUGCACCUGGUGGAGUUGAAUUAAAAGCUGAUUAUUAUGAAAUCAUUGGAUUAGCACCAAGUGGAGAAAACUCAUUCACUAAUAAAAUUCAAGAAGGUGCCGAUCCUUCUCUUUUAUUAGAUCAAAGACAUUUAACAUUAAGAGGUGAAACAUUAUCAGCAGUAAUGAAAGUUAGAUCAGUAUUUUUAGGAGCUAUAAGAAAAGUAUAUAAAGAAGAAGGUUUAUUAGAAGUUACUCCACCAUGUAUGGUUCAAACUCAAGUUGAAGGUGGUUCAACAUUAUUUAAAAUGGAUUAUUAUGGAGAAGAAGCUUAUUUAACUCAAUCAUCACAAUUAUAUUUAGAAACUUGUUUACCUUCAUUGGGUGAUGUUUAUUGUGUUCAAGAAUCUUUUAGAGCUGAAAAAUCUCAUACAAGAAGACAUUUAAGUGAAUAUACUCAUAUAGAAGCUGAAUUAGCAUUUUUAACAUUUGAUGAAUUAUUAACUCAUAUUGAAACUUUAAUUUCCAAAACAAUUCAAUAUGUUGUUGAAGAUCCAGUUGCUGGUCCAUUAAUUAAACAAUUAAAUCCAAAUUUCCAACCACCAAAAUUACCUUUCCAAAGAAUGGAAUAUAUUCAUGCAUUAGAUUGGUUAAAUGAACAUGGUAUAUUAAAUGAUGAAGGUGAACCAUUUAAGUUUGGUGAUGAUAUAGCAGAAGCUCAAGAAAGAAAAAUGGUUGAUACAAUCAAUAAACCAAUUUUAUUAAUUAGAUUCCCAGGAGAAAUUAAAUCUUUUUAUAUGCAAAAAUGUAAAGAUGAUCCAAGAGUUACUGAAAGUGUUGAUGUAUUAAUGCCAAAUGUGGGGGAAAUUACUGGUGGUUCAAUGAGAUCUUAUGAUUUAGAUGAAUUAUUACAAGGGUUUAAAUCUCAUAAAAUUGAUCCAGCUCCUUAUUAUUGGUUUUUAGAUCAAAGAACUUAUGGAACUACACCUCAUGGUGGUUAUGGUUUAGGUACUGAAAGAAUUUUAGCAUGGUUAUGUGAUAGAUUUACUGUUAGAGAUUGUUCAUUAUAUCCAAGAUUUACAGGAAGAUGUAAACCAUAG